UAUUUUACCCGAAUAUCGCUAUCAUGUCUAGCUUUUGUAACUCGGAACCAGAGACAUUGCAACAUUUAUUUGUUUUAAUGUAAUAAUUAUGGCAUACAAAUUAUUGAAAGAAAUUAAACUUGAAUUCUGCAGCAUUAUCAAUGCAGUAUCCAAUGCCCGUGGGUUUAACAACAAUCAACACACAAUGGAAUAAAAGCUAAAAAUCCGACGUCAUCAAUAAUUGUCUCACGUGCAUUACUGUUUUGACGUCACGUAACGACAAAGGACUGUCAGGCGCCAUUGUUUUAGAUUUUCAUAAAUCUGUUAAAGUUUUUCUCUCAUUCGUUUAACUCCCUCUGGUACUGUUUUUGCACCAACUCAAUGGAUGUAGUUCAUUCUACAUAACUGGAACGAUGAAGAAGCGGCGUCCUCUUGAAAAAUCGACAGUCACUAAGCGAACCUCCGAGUUUAAAAGUGAUAGGACUGAAUAUAGACAUCAAGAUCAUCAUGAGAACGUCGACUCUCGUGUUCCGUCUGUUAAAGAGACUUGUGGCCUUAAAAAUAAAUCCUGUAUAAAUCAAACAAAUGUCGAUCAGUCGAAAAAGGAUAGCAAGGAUUCAGACAAACUGAAAUAUAUGAGUAUUUUGCAAAUGGUGCGAAAUAAGACCAAACAUCGGAUACCAAGUAAAGUUAAAGAUGUGUUAUCCAGCAGAAAACGAUCAACAUUCAAACUACCGAUGAAAGCAUUCAUGACGUGGGAGCGCACCGAGCGACCCAGAAUGUGUAGGCGCUUUCCACAUACCAGCAGAAAAGAGCUGAGCACUUUGUUGGGCCUGCUGUGGUGGAGGAUGGGAACCGGACAGAAGAAAGUCUUUUAUCACAAGGCAGACAAAAAAACUCAAUGCAGAGAGAGAAAAAUAACGUCUGGGAGUUGUUUACAACAGAAAACUACAUAUAAUCAGAAGUCGCAAAUGCUUAAUGUAGAAUCACCCACCAUUUGUCCCCAGUAUUCUGAAUCAGCAAAAUUAGAGAUUAAUAACAAUAAUUCAAACAGAGAGUCAAUACUGAAUCAUGAGGAAUCUGAUGUCAGUUUAUUGUAUAACAAACAAGCAGAUGAAAACACAAGCUAUGGACCAUACAUGACAGAUUUGCCCAUUUCUCAACAGAAUAUGCCUUCCGUUCGUAAUGACACUCACAACAUACCAGAAUCUGAAAUCCCAAGAAACACAUUUGAUGACAUUCGUUUCAGUAUGACAUUUUCUACAGGUUGUCAAGGGAAAAAACGAAAAGAAACAGAUAAAGGAACACAAGGCGAUUACUUGGAUAAAAAGCUUCCCCAAUAUAAGAGUCAAAAUCCAGAUUGUUCCUCGGAUUUCUUGAAUGUAGCGCAAUCUAAAUACAAAUCUUUGUAUUCAAAUAACACUGGUUUUAAGAAGUGUAUUCCAAAUUACCAGCCAAUUCCACACCUUCAGGCCAUUAACGCUGAGUGUUACUCCACUGGUGGUGUUCAGUGCAUUAUCAGUGACCAGUUCAUUCCAGUUUUUCAAACUCUGUCAUCCAGUUACCAUUCUGGAAAAGAUACUCUGAUGAUUGACAGUUAUCCAACCCCCGUUCUCCAAUCUAUCGACAGUAGUAAGCACCCCAGUGCAGAUAUCAAUGGCGUCAAAUGUGUUAACAGUGAAUCCACAAAAAGUGACUUGAACAUUUCAACAACCUAUUCCUCCAGCAGUAACUACUCCACUUCAGGCAUUUCGUCAUUUAGGAGUGGUUGUACAGUUACUAAUGGUCAGUUUAUAGAUAGUCACUACUGCGCAAACAAUGGUCAUGUGGAUAACAGUGGUAUUUCCGUUCAAAACUCCCGUGAUUCUUUUAUAAAUGAUUGUGGUGAAUGGCCAUGUAGAAUUGCCAAUCCAGUUGAAAGUAAUGGAAAUAGACCACACGCAAAUACUGCAUCAGAAAAACAUCUCCCUGUUAGCAACACAAACACUUUUAUUUGUCACUUUCGUGAUGAACAGGAUUCGAAAGAGACACACACGAACCUAUCCCGGUUUCAACAUAUGGGUGAAAAAGAUUCUGAUGUCAGCAGAAUUAAUCAUAGAAUGGAUCUACUUUCAUCCAGUACAACACUUUCUGGAGUUUCAGAUAAUUUGCAUAAUAUGAAACCAGUACAUUUUGUAGACUAUGACUUUGACGACGACGACGACAGUGAUUAUGAUGAUGAAGAUGAGUUUCCUCAAUUGGUUAUUGAUGACACUAUUGAGAAUCCGCCUCCAGAUUCAUAUCUCAAUAGGUCAUCUAAUACAGAGUUACAUGGUGUAGAAAAUAUUGUUUCUAAAAAUACAAAUAAAGGUAAAAUUGACAUUACAGUUAACAGACCGAAUGCUGCAGCACUCGAUGAAAAGACGGCUGUCGUAAAUCAGAAUGUACCAAAAACAACAAAUGCUAGUGAAAAUCUAAAUACUGAACCCUUUAUAAGCCAAAAUACUGUUGUUCUACAAUCAGGGAAAACUGUUACCUAUGUUUUCAGGAAGAAUCAAGAAAAUGUUUAUUCAACAUCUAUUGUUCCAAGCACGAGUCAGACGAUCCAUCCACAAGUGCAGCAGUCGAAAGAGCUAAACAAAAGCACCAUGCCAGCAGAUACUAAACAUGUUGAAGAGGACCAAACACUGGAUAAAUGUCCACCAGCCACUGAAGGUGAAUCUGAUUUUGCAGACGUCAGUACGAUGUGUGAAAACAUUCUAAAGCAGAACUGCCUUGUAGAACCACUCGGUAGGAGUCCAGAGGACAAAAGUGCAAAAGCCACUUCCAUCGCAGAAAAACAAAGUAACCCAUUUCCACAGGGUACAGGCUCCAACAAUACACCCAUGCCAAUUUACAAAAAAAGCAAUCUGUGUCCUCGAAAAAAACAAAACCCUAUUCAUGCUAGACCAUCCAGUACCACGUACAUUGGAACUCCAGUCCCUCUGAUUGGCAGUACUGCCACUACAAACUCUGGAAUGAUUGCCUGGAAGAAGGUCCCAGAGCAAAAUUCAUUUUUCAUACAAUCGACAGGUGAAAAUCUGUAUCCUCUCCCUCAGCUUGCUUCCCAACCUAUUUCCAGUACCACACCGCAACCGUCAGAAUUAGGAAAUAGCCAUCAAACGGAUAAUAAGGAAAAUGUUAAAAUUGCCUUGUUUCAAGAUUUACCAUAUAUUCUUCGACAUUGUCAAGAAAACAAAUUGUCAAAGCCAAGAAUUAUUGGUCCACUAACAGCAAGUGCUCUAGAGAGCAUGCUGUCGUUGUCAUUGAAACCAGACAAGCCUGUCAAACCCGACGAACUGACGGAUGAGGUCCCGCCAUCGAAAUUUGUACCAGGCACUAGAGAGACGUAUCGUGACACUGGCAUGGGUAAUGUCAACAAAAGUGGUAACAUCAAACGUCCAAUGAAUGCGUUCAUGGUGUGGGCGCGAUCCUACCGAGGCCAUCUGACCAUGCUGUAUCCAAACGAAAGCAACAAACUAGUGAGCCAGCGGCUGGGGGAUAUUUGGAAGAAGAUGUCGUUGGAGGACAAGCAACCGUAUUACCGCGAGGCAGAUCGAAUUAAGAGACAGCACAGGAAGGACUACCCAGACUGGAAGUACAAGCCUAACACGCCAAAAUCGAGAACAGAAAAAAUGGGAACACACGAUGUACUGUGGGCAAGAUUUAUUGGUGCAAGUGAAGGCUUGGACGAUCCAUUGUCCACAAAGAAACUUAAACACCAUCCACCUAAAAAUCCAACACCGCCACCUCUCACGCACUUAAAUAAACUAGCCGAACCACCGGGUAGUCUGCAAAGCAAACAAAUUAUUUAUCCAUCAAAUACGAAAAGAAGAAAUUUUUCCAUGUUUAAACAUUUCGGCCACCUAGAAAGGUUGAAACGUAAGAUGAACGCUAAAUCAAACAGUGGCCCAGGAAGAGAUUUUCGCUGUAGAAGGCUCGACUUCUGUCAGCCAAUGCCACUGUUCGGUGAUGCUGGUUGCAUAAUUUCUGAUGGAAGCAGAGAUGUUAACAAUAUGCAUCUAAACUCAAAUAGGUCAAACAUCGGUCAGCGGAGAAAGCCAUUCAGUAAAUCGAGAACUACUACUACUAUUACUACUACCAACGCUACUGCUCAAGGUAGUCAGAUGAUGAACUGUGUUAUUGCUGCGCCCCCUGAGAUGAUUCCAAUAUCCAGCGGAAAUGGCAUGGGUCCAUACGUGGUUAACACAAAUGCGUGGAAUGCCAUUAAAGCACCCGUUGUCUCACAACAGAGAUAUUCUUUUAGCAAUAUAAGCGCCAUUGCAACAACAAGCACUACAACUGAAACUCUCACCGUAGGAAGCAAGCUUGCGAACAACGGUGGUGGUAACGCAGUCCUGUUUCCCUCUAUUAGACACAGUCUGAUGACCAACAGUCCGUGGAACUACCAGACCUUUAGUCAACAUCCAGCACCUUUGGUCCAAAGCAUGCCUGUUGAUAUUCAGAACAACAUACCUAGAGCAUGUAGAACUGACGCAACGGAUUUGACCAAUUUGUAUGCAGCAGAACAAAAUCACACAUAUGAGACAAAACAGUUGACAAGAUUACUGCCGGUUGAAGAGAGUCGAGUGUCUCAAGCACGCGAUUUCAGAAAUACACUAACCAGCCCAUCAGACACGCGUAAAUCAAGUAACAACGAGUUCAGCUUGACUAUGCGUUUUCCCAGCAUCUCGAGUGCAUCUGUUUUGGGCGAUGCAGAUUCGUAUGUUUCGUCGGUGUUGCAGUCGCCAAAUAUAGUUUCUUCGCCGGCAGGUACUGACAACGCGACAAAUCCUGAACAGCCGCAGUGUCCACCUUUCGUCAGAGUUCCCGCAACGUCCGGUAGCAUGCACAUGGUCACAGUGCCAGUUAUUUCAGCAGAAACGUACAAGAAGCUUCUAGAAAAUAGAGAUCCUGGUGGAAGAAUCCAUUCGAACGCCAUGCCUCUGUUCCCAGUACAAGCAUCAUGGGCAAAAUGUCCAUCUGGGCAAUAUGUUCCGUGACGUGUUUUACAUUAUUCGGGUUGUUCCAGAACGGAUCAAUGGGGUGGGAUGAUCCAAUUCUUUAUGUAUAUCCACCAUCCACAAAAGACAUUUUAUUUCAUUUGGACGACAGAACCGCUAUUGUAAUAAAACAAAUAAUCGUAUGUCUACACUGAAAGGGGUGUUUUGACAAGGUCGUGACUGCUGCUAUGAAGCACUGUCAUGUGCUUUGUUUUAAUAGGUGGACUGCCAUUUCCCACUGGGGUAGCCCCCACCCCCGCCUCCACAUCUAUUUUUCCCCACCACAUUGUAUAUUUUCCUGUUUCCCCAUAACAUGACUCUUAGGCUACCCCAGUGAUGGUGCCUCCCGUCUCCCCCAUGUGAUAGAUCCUGGAACAGCCGAUAGUUUUGCUAGUAAGUAUGCUGGAUGUGAAUAAUCUUCGUGCCCGUGUGAAGGCUACAUUGCGUUUUGCAUUCAAUGGUUAUUGAAACUAUUACUACGGUGUAGUAACAACCAGUCUUACUGUUGAAUUGUAACUUCAGUUCAUUCUGUCAAAUUACCAAAUUCCGAACAGUGCGAAAAUAGUUUAAUAUCUUGUGUUAGUGUAUUAAUUGUAUCAUUAUACAUAAUUCUUAUAUAGUAUUUAUAAUUAAUAGUUCUUACACACCCGUUGGUGAGAAUAUCAUGCGUUAUUUUUAUUAUACAUACUUGUUUACACAUGUACGUGUCUUAACAAUUUCAAGACAUAUGACUGGCUGCUCCAAUGCUAUAUAUCCAAUGAAAAACAAAUCAGCACGAUCGAAAUCGAUUACACUGUGACGUAUAGUUAACCUGACAAUCAUUUGUCUGUGACGCGUAAGUGAGCUACAAGUAAAAGUGCUGUAAAUAGCUGUUGGUCAAAAAAGAUGUUAAAAUUUGCUUAAAACCUGGUUUUUGAGGAUAUGCAAGAAAUAGAAUAAUACAUUCGUGUCUGUUAGAUACCAUUUAUCAUACAACUCGUUGUUUAAAAAGGUAUCAAACUCGGUUUCGCUCGUUAGAUACAUUUUAAAACAACUCGUAAGUUAAAUAAUUUCUAACAGCCACUCAUGUAUUAUUCUCUAUAUAAACACGUCUGAGCUUUGUUUCGAGGGAAAACCUAAAUGAAAGUAUAAUGUAUAUACAUGUAUUAAUUAAUCAGAUCGUGAUGUUGUUACGCUCAGAAGAUAUAACACCGAUCCGGUAGUUCUUAACAUGUUAUACAAACAUGCAACUGCUUAACUGUUUAUUAUAGCGUUGUUAUUCCUUAGUAAUAAAUAUACUGUUGUAUGUGUCGUUUAAAGGGUUAAGGGGUCCACAUACAUCUGAGUGGUCAAGACCGUUACAUAUUAUUUCAGCGUCGAAAAAGUACUGUAAAUUAUUAUUUUGCUUCUUCGACCGUUAUGGGCUAAAAAAUGUGACAGCUGUUAUACGUUUGAAAACAAGAACGUCGAAAACGUUUAUUGUAGAAAGCUUGUUUAAAACACGUGCAUUCAUACACCCUACAUGAUCAAAGGGCUGUUGCAAAAUUGAUCACCUUAGAUUGGGGUAGAGGUAGUUUAUUUAAAUACCAAUCACCCACCAUCCACACAAAGUAAAUUUUAUUUAAAUGAAGUAUACGUAUGCUAAACCAAAAACAGAUCACCAGUCAUAAAAUAAUAAUUGUGGUGCCUCGCGUCCCCCACCCCCACCCAAGCGAUCGAUUCUGAACCAGCCCUAUUAAGGUGUACGCGAUCAAAUGGGUGUUGCCAAUUCUUAUAUAAAUACAAGCUCAGGAGUGACUGCAAGUUGCAAUUUAUUUCUGUAUUAGAUUGUUGAUAGAAAUGUUACAGGUUUCAAAGUUGGUGAUUUUUUCUUGAAAACGUUUUAAGAUUAUAUCUUUAUUGUUGUUUGUUGUGUUUUUUUCUAGAAGCCUGUUAUAUUAUGUUAACAGAUUUGUAUAUAUAUAUAUAUUUUUAUUUUUUUUAUAUCUCGCUGUUAGACACAUGUUGAGAAAAUCCAAAACCUUGUAUAAAGGAAAUAGAAAUUACUGAUUUGAGUAAAAUCCAAAAAUUUCAAUUAUUUUGUUUUUGGUAGACUAUCAGUCAAAUAAGAAAAUUGGUAGUUAUGUUGGAGGUUGUGUCAUUCUUCGCAAACUCCAAAAAGUAACCCUGCUUAGAAUGAAUAAUAAUGAAUUGUUAUUUUUCAUAUAUACCGAACUAAGCAUUAUGCUGUUUGUUGGGUUGUAAUUUCAAAUUUUUAUUGUAAAUGCGCUCUACAAGGUGUGCUUACAUUUUAUCAAGUUGUUUUGAUGCAAAGAAAUUAAACAAUUUAAAAUCA